AUGAAGUUGAUCCUGUCUCUCACUCUCAUCUGGACUCUAUCCAGCACAGCUGAAGCUCUCAGUUGUUUGAUUGGUGAAGAGAGUCACUACAGCUCCCAUCCUUGUAAUCCUGGUGAUCGUUGUGCAACUGUUGCCGCACAAGGUAACUUAAGUUGGAAAAACAAAACAAACAUCAUGAGUAAGCUAUGUGUGCCGUCCUCCCUUUUCACUGACGGAAACCACACAUUUUCACUCACUGCUGGUGGUGCCACUGUGACUGUAUCUGUUCAUGUGUGUAACACAGAUGGCUGCAACAAGCAAGCCAUGCCAUAUCCUGGUGAUCAGAAGAAAAACAACCUGCAGUGUCUCACUUGUGAUGAUCCAUCUUCUGAUGUGUGUGAUAAGACAGUACAGUGUGAAGGAAACGAGGACCGCUGCAUUAAUGGGACAAUAUCAUCUCCAGAAAACGACAGCAAAACAUUACGUACCGUGGGAUGUGCCUCUGCAAACCUCUGUGAAGCUGCAGAUCGCUUGAAGUUCCUCCUUCCUACUAAAUUCCUUCGUCCACCAAAAUGUCAUGGACAUGGAAGCAGUAACGGCAAUAACUCUGUUCCAUUAAAUACAGCCUGGUCUGUCAAACUGAAUGUGAUCACUUUGCUGUUUGGACUCAUUACCCUUAUCUUCUAUUAG